AUGCUUGUUUCUAAAACCAUAAAAGUUUUAGAAGAUUCGAUUAAUAAUACCAUCAAGAAUCACGAUGUUUCUAAUAUUUUCUUUGAAGAGAUUAUAUUUAUUAUUGAAGAAGAAACUGUUAAACCAUUAUAUAACACCGAUUUAAUGAUCUUUUUAAAAGAACAAAGAUAUUUAUGUUCGGUUAAUUUAAACUUAAAAAGUGAUAAGAGUGGUUCAAAAGAUAAAAAAUUAAAAAAAGAAAAUUACUUUAAAAUGGUUUAUUGUGAAUUUAAAAAAUAUUCUGAUUUUGUUAAUGAUUUGUUUUUUAUUCAAGAAAUUAAAAGAACGGUAUUUAAUAUGUAUUGCUUAAAAUUUACUCAAAGUACUGUUAAAUUUACUAGAAGUACUGAUGAAUUUUUAAAUAACAGAUUUAAUUAUCUACAAAAUUAUUUAAUUCUUUUAUCAAAAGAAUUUACAUUUAAUCUAAAUGGUAUUAUGAAUACAUCAUUCUCUUAUUACAAUAACAGAUAUAAAGUAAUUUAUUACAAUUUGAAAUUUUAUUUCGAAAUGAUUUUUAAAUAUAAAAAGGAAAUAGAAAUGACAAUCUUUAGAUCUGAAGAUUGUAAAGAUUUUAAAAAGAAAUUAGAAACAUUAAAAAAUUACAUUUCUGAGGAUAAAGGAAUUGUAAUAGAAGUUUAA